CGUAGCCGAAGUUAAUGUACAAUAUCGUUCUAGAAAGGAGCCGCUGUUAACAGCCUAACGCUCUACGAGUGCCCCGUUAUUUGACCCCCUUCUUCCUCCAGGGGAAAUGUCCACUCACAGUGCUAGGAAGUGCCACUUUUGAUGCGUUGCGACAGGCAUCCACUCCUCCCCCCCCUUGUUCAACUUCCAGGAGGUCCAGGUCCCAUCGCCCCGUUCCCGAACCGCGGCCCCGUCUUCAAUUCAUCCCGAUUGCAUCCCGUCCCCGUGAAACUUGACAACGACAACCAACAAUUCAUUGACGGAUCAUCCGACGACGACAUCGCGCCGACGGCAUACAUCGAGAAAAGGCAAACUCCGUAAUUGCGCAACGACACCGGAACCCGAAUCUCGAACCCAACCUCCCCCUACAAACCGGCGGGGAGCCCAUCCCAUCCCAUCCCAUCACAUCCCGCCCCCCAAGCAUAAUAACCAACCACAACCACAACCGCCACCACAAUGGAAUUCGUCACCGCCCUCCGCGGCACCUUCGACGACGGCAAGCCCUCCCUCUUCGAGCUUCUCUCCGAACAACAGCUCGCCUCUCUCCUCCCGCCUACGCUCCGCUACCUCCUAACCGUGCUCACGCACCGCUACCCGCGCCACCUCCUGCGCAUCCUCAACUCGUUCGACGAGCUCUACGCCCUCGCCGGCCUGUUGGUGGAGCGACACUACCUCAAAACGCGCGGCGGCUCCUUCACCGAGCACUUCUACGGCCUGAAGCGCGAAAAGGCGCUUGCCGCCGAGAUCCCUCGCGCCGCUUCUUCGGCGCCCAACGUGGUGCGUGACGCACUGAAACUAAGCGAUGCGGACAUCUGGAAGAACCUGGCGGUCAUGGUCGGGAUCCCUUACUUAAAAAGGAAGCUGGAUGAGGCGUACGAAGUCGACGCGCCGCGCGCCAUGCUGGGAGGCCAGUACACGCGGCCGCCGGCGAAAGGAGCCAAGAUGAAGGAACGGUUCCUGUAUUACUACCGGUGGUUUCUACGGAACGUGUACCCGAGCCUGAACGCGGCGUAUUACUUUGCCAUGUUGGCGUUUAACUUGGGGUAUUUGUUUGAUAACACAAAGUACCAUAACCCGUUCCUGUGGCUGAUCGGGACGAGGGUGCGGAGGAUGAAUGGAGCGGAUUAUCAGGCUAUUGAGGCUUUGGAGAAGGCGGUUGCUAAGGGUGGUGCACCCAGGUCAGGGGGGUCGAUGCUAAGCCCGAGGAAUAUGGGCCGACGACUAGUGGGUGGCUUGUCGCUGGUGCUGCCGACGAGUAUUUUCGCGCUCAAGUUCCUCGAGUGGUGGUACGCGUCGGACUUUGCGAAGCAGCUGAGUCGCAAGGCGGCCGAGAGUCUGGACCUGCCGCCGCCGACGGUGACGGGCUUGGUGGAGGCGCAGGCGAGGAAUAAGCCCAACAAGCCGAAGAUCACGAGGACGUCGGAGGAUGGGGUGGAGGAGAAGGCGGACGAUGAGGCGGAGGAAGGUGGUGCAGAAAGCAGCGAUAGCAAGGAGCCGACGCCGGAGACGGCGCCCAUAGCGGCUUCGACCCUGUUGCCGAUUUUCACGGUGCCACCGCCCAAGAGUUCCGAUCUCUGCCCCAUUUGCGAGGACGAGAUCCAGACGCCGGCGGCGUGCCAGACGGGUGUGGUCUACUGCUUUUCGUGCAUACACAAGUGGAUGAGUGGGACGCAUGCCAGGCAGGAGAAGUUCAUGACCAAGGAAAGGGAGGGCAAGUGGGAGAGCGGAGAGGGGAGGUGUGCGGUUACAGGAAGGAAAGUGUUGGGAGGGACGGAGGGGUUGAGGAGGAUCAUGGUCUAGUUGAUGAGCUGACUCGGCUCUGGGGAAAGUUUAAUGGAUAGCAUCGGAUCGGGCAUGAAUUGUAAAAGUGAACGUUAGACAUAUUUAAUGGCAUAUAUAAUUUUGCAGUUGGGUAACAAGUCACACACAGACUAAUAUCCUAGAUCAGUAUGAAGCAUCGGAUCUCGAUCGACCAUUACAACAGUUUCCUUGUCGUGCAAAAAGGGGGGGAAUUGGGGAUUUGAGGAAAUUUACAUGGAUCGAUCACUCACAAACAUGACGACGACCUGAAGGAAAAGAGAAAAAGAAAGACGACCGACACCACUUCAGUGAAACAACGAUCCGAAACUCGCAAAAAGCAAAAGAAGAUGCGG